GCAAAGAAUCAAUUCCUUAAGUAGUUUCAGAAGUAAACUCAUCAACAUGAUUAUCUGCUAUACUCCACAUGUGAUGGAUUACUGUUAAGUCCAAUUCAUUUCAAGAUCUAAGACGACAUCUAACCUGCUAGAGCGAGCUGUACAGUACACAUUGCAGAUUAAACCCGGCUAAACGGGACGGUACAUCAAAUGAUCCAACCUCUUCUAGGGAAAUUCUAGUUGGAUAAUGUAAAUACUAGUAUCCAAGUAAGACGUCACUUCUGUUGAACAGUGUAAAGUGUAGAAGUAGAUAUGCCUGCUAUUGUUAUUUAACUAUGGGAUCUCAGUUUACCUACUACAGCCAAUACAAUGAGCAUUUAAAUUCCAAGCGAUUAGACCUAGUUAACGAUCAAAAUACGUGAAAGUGAACCUUGAAUUGAGUGACCCACAAGGGGAAAGAGAUUGGAAAAUAUAUCCUUAAUUCGAAGGAUCAAGAUGAAUGUAUGUUCAUCAAGAUUUGCAGCAGUGGUCAUCUUAUGCACAAAUCUUGUGUUUACAAUUCCAACUGUUCCGGAUUUCUUGAAUUUUGCUAAUGCAGCUCUGCCCGCCCAACAAUCAGCUGGCAUUGAUCCAGCUGCAUUAGCUCCAAACCCUGUUGAUGGAAUUUCAAAUAGACCUGGAUUCAUAUCAGUUUCCUCAAAUAACCUCCCAGUAAUUCCUAAUCAAAGGAAUAUUUCAGCCCAAAGUCAAGGUCAACCAGUCUUAGCACAACAAGUUUCUGUUCAACCAACUCUUAUGAAUGAAACGUUGAUUUCAAAUACUUCAUCUCUUCAUGGGAAACUUCCAUCCGGUCUCAAUGUUUCUACGAUGCAGAGUGUUAAUUAUGUUCCUGUCUCUGCAGCUGUAGUAGCUGCAAAAUCUAGUGUUUCUGCAGCUCAAGUUGUUCCUGCCUCUGCUGCAGCUCCUCCUGUUUCACUCAGAGCCCUUGCAGCCUCUCCUAUUGUACCUCUUGACAUAUCUCAAAAGUCUGCUAUAGUUUCCCCUAAAGAACAACCAUCAGCUGUUGCAGUUUCCCCUGUCUUAUCAGGAGUGUCCUCUGCUACUCCCAAAGUCCCCCCAGCAUCCCUAAAAGUUCCAUCAGCUGCCCCCUUAGUUCCUCAAGUUUCUCCUGAUGCUUCCCCAGAAGUUUCCUCAGCACUACCUGCAGUUCCUCAAGCUUCCCCUGAAGUUUCUUCAGCUUCUCCUGAAGUUCCCUCAGCUUCCCCACAAGCUCCUCUAGCUUCUCCUGAAGUUCCCUCAGCUUCUCCUGAAGUUCUUCCAGGUUCUCCUGAAGUUCUUCCAGCUUCUCCUGAAGUUCUUCCAGCUUCUCCUGAAGUUCCCUCAGCUUCUCCUGAACUUCCUCCAGCUUCACCUGAAGUUCCUCCAGCUUCUCCUGAAGUUCUUGGAGCUUCUCCUGAAGUUCCCUUAGCUUCUCCUGAACUUCCUCCAGCUUCACCUGAAAUUCCUCCAGCUUCCCCAGAAGUUCCUCAAGCUAGUUCUGAUGCUUCUCCAGCUUACCCUGUUGCUCAUCCAGCUUCUCUUGCUGCUCCUCCAGCUGCUUCUCCUCCUGUUCCUCUUACUUCACCUGAAUCUCCCCCAGUCUCCUCUCAACCUCCUUCUGGAUUUCCUUCAGUUCCAGUGGUAUCCUCUGCUGUUCCUUCAGCCUCCCCAGCCUCUCCUCAAACUAUUCCCGUCUCCCAAGGAGAAUCAUUAAUUUUGCCAUUAGCAAAUUCUGAUGCUCCAGCAGUGGUAUCUCCGGUAUUCCCAAAUAUUCAAGUUGAAUCUAAAGCUUUAGCUUUACCUGCAGGCUCUUCUGUAGUUCCUGUGAACCCUUCAUUGCCCGGGUUUGUUCCAAAGGCACAAGUGAAUCCUGAUGAUACCCAAAUAAGUCCUAUUGGAAAAUCUGGACCUCUUCCUGGACCGCCAAUUCUUCAACCAAUAACACCAUUAGCUCCUUCCUUCUUACAAUCAAAUUCAUCUAGAAUAAAUGCAUCACUGUCUAGAACCAACCAAAGUUUAAUAUCUACAGAUGACAAUCAAAAUAACAUAGGUUGGGAAGCAGCAAAUACUACUCAAGCAAAUGAAUCUUCAGGUUUGCCAAUACAAGAAACCUUUCCUCCCAAUAAUGGUUCAAUAUUAAAUGGGGAACCUAGGCUUAGUGAUUCCGAUGAAUUAAACCACUCCUUGCCAUCUUUUAAGUUAAACAAUAACACAAGUAAAGAGCCAGCUGCUGUGAUAGUUGAUCAAGAUCCAUACACAGCCAACCAGUCUCUUCCUUUAACUCUAAACUUGCCAGAAGCAGAACUUCAUACAAAUCAACCAGAUGGUCUGGACACUUCUAUGAAUGUUGAACUAGAAGAUGGUAUACAGGAAGAAGGAUACCAAGAUCGUCUGGCACAGAAAGCAGAACUGAGAUCACAAAUUCUUUCACUUUUGGAUGAUCUUGACAAAGCUAUUCCAGAAAAUAUUUAACAAGUUCAAUGAACAGAAAGUAGUGCUAAUGCAUCCAAAUAAAUUAUUCGCAUGAAUUAAAAUAAAACAGUCCUGAAUAAAUAGUAAAAAUGUUU